UCCCCGAGCGUCUCCCGCUGGGCUGCCGGGUUUCUCCCGCGCUCUUUACAGCGGCCGCAGCCGGGGCGGAGCCAUGGUGGUGCUCUCGGUGCCCCCGGAGGUGACCGUGAUCCUGCUGGAUAUCGAAGGUACCACUACCCCGAUUGCUUUCGUGAAGGACACGUUGUUUUCCUACAUUCGCGAGAAUGUUAAGGACUAUCUGCACGCUCACUGGGGAGAAGAAGAAUGUCAAGAGGAUGUGAGUCUGCUGAGAAAACAGGCAGAAGAGGAUUCUCACUUGGAUGGAGCUGUGCUGAUUCCCCCCAGAUCUGAUGGCGCCGAUGACACGGAGCAGAUGAUCCAGGCCGUGGUGGACAACGUCUGCUGGCAGAUGGCUCUGGACCGGAAGACGCCAGCCCUGAAGCAGCUCCAGGGCCACAUAUGGCGGGCCGCCUUCGCGGCUGGAACAGUGAAGGCCGAGUUCUUUGAGGAUGUGGUUCCAGCAAUCAGGAAAUGGAGACAAGCAGGCAUGAAGGUGUACGUUUAUUCUUCAGGGAGUGUUGAGGCACAGAAGCUGCUCUUCGGCUAUUCGACAGAAGGAGACAUACUCGAGCUUUUUGAUGGCCAUUUUGAUACUAAGAUUGGACAUAAAAUAGAGAGUGAAAGUUACAGGAGAAUUGCCACGAGCAUCGGCUGCUCCCCCAACAACAUCCUGUUUCUGACGGAUGUUACCCGAGAGGCCAACGCGGCGGAAGAGGCGGAUGUCCAUGUGGCGGUGGUAGUGAGGCCCGGCAAUGCGGGAUUGACGGAUGAUGAAAAAUCCUAUUUCAACCUCAUCACUUCUUUCAAUGAACUGUUCUUGCCUUCGUCAACUUAGAGGAAGAGGUUUUCUUGUUUUUUGAAGAGAGAUCAAAACUACUUCUCAGAAUUGUACCUCUGCUCUUGUUUUCUAGGUUUAUCCUACUGAUAAAGUCACACAUCUGCAGAAAAUCACAUGUUCAGAUCGCCUUCCCCAGGGGUCCCUAAAGGAGAGGGAAAGGGGAGUUUUAAUUCAGUAAAAUGAAGGCCUAUUUUAAGAAAAUUAUGAAGAUACGGGAGUUAUUGAGAGGCUGCAUCACUAAAGUAUUUGCUCCCCUGUGGGGUGGCAUUUGCUAAGCACAGUGGGUAAAAUUACUGAAAAAAGGAAGAUGUAUUUGUCAGCCUGCUGUAGCUGGUUCUUUACUAAGUGGAAAGCUAAUUUGGAAAAGUCAUUCUAAAACUUCACGAUCCUAAAACCAUUCCAUGCAGACUUGCUAAUGAUUUUAGAACCUUUCUACAGCAAGCAUCCUCUUUAUGGUGAUGGGAGCAAACACUUAGGUGACCAAAGUGUAGCCAGCCUUGCCUACAAGAAGGCCAGAAGUCUGUUGUUAGCAUCUAGUGAAGAAGAAGAAGAAAACUAAGAAUGAAAAUCGCUCCCAGGCCUUGACUAGCCAGGUGCUGAUGUUGUUGUUAGGACAUAGCUUGUGAUUCCAUGGCUCUGACAGCGGCCCUUAAUAACCUUACCUGUUGUCCAGGUGCGAAAUCAAAAUGUGGUUUUAACCUCUAACUCCAGGAAAGCUUGGUGCUGCUUAUCAGUGUCCUCCAAGGCUUGAGUGCGUGGCAUGUCAUCCCUCAGAUCGAGAAUACCUUGUAAAGGAUCCCUUUCCCUCAGAACUGUUAAAGAAGAAAUGUAAACUGUAGAAGUACUAUUUAUCCCAGUUCGGUUCUGAUAUGCGUGUUCCUGUGAUACUUCAUGUUGUGAUUAAUAAAAACCAAUUUCCCCUGGUCGUUUAUUUAUGACCCUAGGGGCUGAUUGGUUGACGUCC